ACCCCUCGUUCCUUCUCGCCUUCUCGGGAGCAAAACGUCGGACACCUGCGGCCUCCUUCGCCACCUCCAUGAGAAAGCCCCACAAGCUUCUGCCCAACUACCUUCUCCUCUACCGACGCACCAGACCCUACACCUCAACCGCGGCCAACCCCGUCGCGGCCGCCUCCGCCGUCCUCCGUGACCUCGAUCUCCUGGACGCCGGCGAGCUCGCCCCGACCCCGCGCGUUUACCGCUCGUUCAUAACCGCCUGUGCGCAAUCCAAGAACCUCGAGGAUGCCAGGAAGAUCCACGCGCACCUGGGCAGCUCCCGGUUCGCCGGCGACGCCUUCCUCGACAACUCGCUCAUCCACAUGUACUGCAAGUGCCGCAGCGUGCUGGACGCGCGGAAUGUGUUCGACCAAAUGCGGAGGAAAGACAUGGUCUCCUGGACCUCGCUCAUUGCCGGGUACGCGCAGAACGACAUGCCGGUGGAGGCCAUCGGGCUGCUCCCUGGCAUGCUGAAGGGGCGGUUCAAGCCAAACGGGUUCACGUUCGCCAGCCUCCUCAAGGCUGCCGGCGCUUAUGCUGACAGCGGCACCGGGAGGCAGAUCCAUGCUCUCGCUGUGAAGUGUGGUUGGCAUGAGGACGUCUAUGUUGGGAGCGCGCUUCUCGACAUGUAUGCGCGGUGUGGGAAGAUGGACAUGGCCACCGCAGUGUUUGACAAACUUGACUCGAAGAAUGGGGUUUCCUGGAACGCAUUGAUCUCCGGGUUUGCAAGGAAGGGUGAUGGAGAGUCUGCUCUGAUGACCUUUGCAGAGAUGCUGAGAAAUGGGUUUGAAGCGACACAUUUUACAUACUCCAGUGUCUUCAGUUCUAUCGCUCGUUUAGGUGCUCUUGAGCAGGGGAAGUGGGUGCAUGCACAUGUGAUUAAAUCUCGGCAGAAACUGACUGCAUUUGUUGGAAAUACAUUGCUUGACAUGUAUGCAAAAUCAGGGAGCAUGAUCGACGCGAGAAAGGUGUUUGACCGUGUGGAUAAUAAGGAUCUAGUUACUUGGAACUCAAUGCUCACAGCAUUUGCACAAUAUGGGCUCGGGAAGGAAGCAGUUUCCCAUUUUGAGGAGAUGAGGAAGUCUGGCGUUUACCUGAAUCAGAUCACCUUCCUUUGCAUUUUGACUGCCUGUAGCCAUGGAGGACUGGUGAAGGAGGGCAAGCGCUACUUUGAAAUGAUGAAGGAGUACGAUUUAGAACCAGAGAUUGAUCAUUAUGUUACGGUUGUUGCUCUUCUCGGCCGAGCUGGUUUACUAAAUUAUGCUCUGGUCUUUAUAUUUAAAAUGCCCAUGGAGCCAACUGCUGCAGUUUGGGGAGCCUUGCUUGCGGCUUGCAGAAUGCAUAAGAAUGCUAAAGUAGGGCAAUUUGCAGCUGAUCAUGUAUUUGAACUUGACCCAGAUGAUAGUGGUCCACCUGUCUUGCUGUAUAACAUAUAUGCUUCCACAGGCCAAUGGGAUGCUGCAGCCAGAGUGAGGAUGAUGAUGAAGACAACUGGUGUGAAGAAGGAACCUGCAUGCAGUUGGGUUGAGAUGGAGAAUUCUGUGCACAUGUUUGUGGCAAAUGAUGAUACCCAUCCACAAGCGGAAGAGAUAUAUAAGAUGUGGGGUGAGAUAAGCAAGAAGAUUAGGAAAGAAGGAUAUGUUCCUGAUAUGGAUUAUGUGCUUCUGCAUGUAGAUGAUCAAGAGAAGGAGGCAAACCUACAGUACCACAGCGAGAAGCUUGCGCUUGCAUUUGCACUGAUCGAAAUGCCUGCAGGGGCAACAAUUCGUAUCAUGAAAAAUAUUAGGAUAUGUGGGGAUUGCCACUCUGCAUUCAAAUACAUCUCCAAAGUUUUUGGAAGGGAGAUUGUUGUGAGGGACACAAAUAGAUUUCAUCAUUUCAGUAGUGGAUCUUGUUCCUGUGGAGAUUACUGGUGAUUCUGCCAAGAUGUAGUGCGUUUAUAAAUCUACAAGGCCAUGGUUUGAUUCAGUAACAGCCAACAGGAACCUUUUUAUGGACUGAUAAAGGGCAAAGUUUUUCUGCUUGAUUGUCUCUGUUGACAGAGCAAACAGCACGUGCGGCCCUGAAGAUCAUUUGACAUCCUUCAUGAGGGAUGAACUCCAGAAGACAUGCACUUUCAUCCUUGUAGCGCAAUCACUAAAAUUUCGCAGGUUGCUAAAACAGCAUCAUUGUCUUCAUGAUUCCUGGGAGAAAAGUAGACCUCCAUUUGGAGGCACAAUCUCCGACUGGAAACACACUUCAGAUGGCUUUAUUUUCCAGAGAGAGAACAAUUUAGAUAUCCGUAAUUCUACAAGUGCAAGGCUGGGUGAUUUUGCUACAUAUGCAUGGUGUACAUUUCAGAGUAUAUCGGGUUCAGCUCAGAGCUCACGAAGCGCAAUGCACGGUGAUUUUGCUAACCAUUGCCCUUUGGGACUGAUGAUGGCUCUUUUGUAGUCACUUGCUCGUCGUUCUUUCGGUCCAUGCUCCUCGUGCACUACUCCACAAAAUAUGUCCCUUUUGGAACUGCCAGAAGCCUCUGGGACUGGGAAUAUGCGUGGUUGUUCUGCUCGGCCACUGGAGGUGAUUGUCCAACAAGGGGAUGCACUUGAUUCAGUCUGGCGACAGUGACAGAUCGGUUUACUCUUCCUUGGUUGAGGAGAUAAAGCUACUCCUAAACCUACGUAGAACUAGUAUUAAUCAUGUUAGACGCUCACAACAUAAGGUUAGCAAUUAUUUGGCUAUCUUUGCUCGUGUGGAAGGCAGAACUAUGAUUUCGCUAGGGUCUGGCCCUCCUCGUGGGCCGAUUGAGUUGAACAAUGUUGAUUGUAAUGCUCUUCUGGUUGAGUAAUACAAGUGUUUUACCCGCAAAAAA